AUGGGAAAUACAAUUCAGCAACCCCCUCAGCUCAUUGACUCAGCCAACAUCAGACAGGAAGGCACCUGCGACACCGGCAGUGACCCGGGAGAGGAUGGUGGUCCCUCUUAUGAUGCUGCCCUGGAUGCAGAGUUUCCUUACCCGCCGUCAGCCUCGGAGGACAUGCCACAGGUCCCCAAUGGCUACCCGCCAGGCCUGGGCAUCUACGAGCCACAGGCAAAGUUUUCAAUGUACUCUCAGUUCUCCAACGGCUCGGCCAACGGCUACGGGGCCAUCCGGGGCUACGGGGAGCACGGCCUCCUCCCGGGGGAGGGGACGGUCCUGAGAGGCCCCGGUCUCCAGGACAGGCCCCUGUCUCCCGUGUCUCCCCCACUGCCCACACACCACCCACACCUCCACCACCAUCACCUACAUCACCACCACACUCACCCCUUCCACUCAAACCCCCCUCAUAUACAGACCCACUCGCAGCCCCAGAGUCCUCCCCCGCCUCCGCUGCCCCCCCAGCAUCACCUGUCCCAGACGCCACACAUCAUGACACACAAUCUCCCCCCUCCCCCCCCGCUCCACCUGCCCUCGUCCAGCCCUCCGCCCUCCCUCGUGGACAGUACCCCCUCCUCUCAACCCGCUCUCGCCCCGUCCAACACCUCUGGUGGCGUCCUGAAGAAAACCAGCUCCCCAGAGAUUAAGCUGAAGAUCAUAAAAACGUACCAGAAUGGUAAAGAGCUGUUUGAAUCUGCACUGUGUGGAGAUCUGCUGCAAGAACUGCAGGAGACUCAGAAGAGCGAGGCCGCUCAGAUGCAGCGCAGGCACGAGAGGAAGAAGGAGAAGAGGAAAAAGAGCGCGAGGCUGCAGCUGCAGGUUCAGGAACAGAGCCUGGACUCCAGCCAAACGCAGGCAGGUACAACGGGUCAGACAGAGGACGCCCACGACCAGCCCCAGUCAAGAGAAACGCCGCCGGCCCAGACAGAGAAACCUCAGAAGACCGUCAUCAAAACUGAGCCAAAGACGCCAAAGGUUCCUAAAGUUCAUCAUCCGUCAGUGAUCCAAGAGACAGGCUUCUGUAAGGAGUUUGUCAUCGGGGAUCUUGUGUGGUCAAAGGUGGGCACCUACCCCUGGUGGCCCUGCAUGGUCUCCUCAGACCCACAGAUGAAGGUCCACACUCGCAUCAACACCAGAGGUCACAGGGAGUAUCACGUCCAGUUCUUCGGCAGCGUCGCUGAGCGGGCGUGGAUCCACGAGAAGAGGAUCGUCAUGUACAUGGGGAAGACACAGUUCGACGAGCUUCAGGCAGAGACGCUGCGCAAAACCACAAACGCCGUAGAGAGGAGCAAACUUAUGAAACCUAUUCCUCAGCGGGAGCGGUCUCAGUGGGAGGUGGGUGUCGGCCAUGCCGAGGAUGCCUUCGUCAUGACUCGCCAGGAGCGAAUCGACAACUACACCUUCAUCUACGUUGACCCUGACCCAAACGAAGGCCCCCCGUGCAAGAAACCCAACAUCAGAGCUGAGAAGCGCACCCGGCGCUGCAGCGGCUCCGUCAGCAAGAGGGAGGACGCCAGCGUGAAGUCCCCAGACAAAGAGCAGCCGCCGCGGAGGCUGCUGCCGCGGAGACAGUGCAGCAUCUCCAACACAGACGACAGCACAAACUCCCAGCCCUCGAGUGAAGACAAGAACCAGAUGGAGGAUCCACGCAAGACGGCCUCGCCAAAACAGAAAGCUGGCGGCGACGAGCGCGUGCGGCAGGACUCGCCGCCUCCAGUCCGGGCCUGGAAGACGGCCGCCGCAAGAAAGCUGCUGCCUCUCUCCAUCACCAUGAAGAGGCUGAACGUGGAGAUCACCAAGUGCGACUGGCCCCUCCUCCAGAAAAAGGCAGCAGCCCCGUCCCCAAAGAAGGAGGAGGAGGAAGAGGAAAAGGAGGAGAGAGUAGAGGGAGAAGGCCGACAGCCCGACCUGGGAUACUGCUCACCUGAGGACAGCAGAGCUAAACCUGAGCCCAGUCCAGAAGAGGAGGAAGAGGGGGAUGAAGGGGAGGACGACGGGGAUGAGAGGAGAGGCUCUCCCGCCAGCAGGAGGAGCGAGGAGGGAGUCAUUCAGCCGACAUCUUCCCCUGGAUCGCAGCACAGUAGUCCACAUGGUUCUCAGGAGAGGAAGCUGCAGCGUCGGUCAGUCAGGAGCAAGUCCGAGUCGGAGAGAGGCAACGACGCUGUCCCUAAGAAGAAGACCAAGAAGGAGCAGGCGGAGCUGGCUCCAGAGACCACACCGAGGACGGGUUCACAGAAAGGGGCCAGUGAGAUCUCAGACGCGUGCAAGCCCCUGAAGAAGCGAAGCAGGGCGUCUACGGACGUGGAGAUGGCUUCAUCCCAGUACAGAGACACCUCUGAUUCGGACUCCAGAGGUCUCAGUGACCCACAGGGUUUAUUUGGGAAGAGUCUCGACAGUCCGGCUGCUGCAGAUGCAGACGCCUCCGACACUCAGUCGGUGGACUCUGGUUUGUCCCGUCAGGACAGCAGCACCGGCAAGAGAGACACCGUGUGCCAGAUCUGUGAGGUGUAUGGAGAAGGUUUAGUGGUGUGUGAGGGGGACUGCAACAGACAGUUUCACUUGGACUGUCUGGGUCUGUCCUCCCCCCCUGAAGGCAGAUACACCUGCUCAGAGUGUAGAAACGGUAACCAUCCUUGUUUUAGCUGUAAAACGGCGGGUCAGGAAGUGGCCCGCUGCUCCGUGUCUGGAUGCGGGUGCUACUACCACGAGGAGUGUGUCCGGAAGCUCCCGGGCACCACCAGCAGUGCUGGGGGGGGCUUCUGUUGCCCCCAGCACAGCUGUGCAGCCUGCUGCCUGGAGAGAGACCUGCAACGGGCCAGUAAAGGCCGUCUGAUUCGCUGUAUCCGCUGUCCGUUGGCCUACCACACCAGCGACGGCUGCAUGGCGGCUGGAAGCGUCAUCCUCACCCACCACAUCAUGAUCUGCAGCAACCACGGCAGCGCCAAGAGGAACGGCCUCCUCACCUCCCCCAUCAACGUGGGAUGGUGCUUCCUGUGCGCCAGAGGGCUGUUAGUGCAAGACCUUACUGACACCAUAUUAAGUUCAUAUGCCUAUAAGUCCCACUACCUUCUGACUGAGUCAAAUCGUGCUGAGUUGAAAUUACCUAUGAUUCCCUCUCCUUCGUCAGCUACCAAAAAGAAUGUUGGGAAAGGAGGCAAGUUGCUGUGCUGCGACUCAUGCCCAGCUUCGUUCCACCCGGAAUGUCUGGAGAUGGAGAUGCCCGAGGGCGCGUGGUCCUGCAGUGAUUGCAGGGCAGGGAAGAAACCUCACUACAAACAAAUUGUUUGGGUCAAACUUGGCAACUACAGAUGGUGGCCAGCAGAGAUCUGCAACCCUCGCCUGGUGCCGUCAAACAUUCAGAGCCUUCGCCACGAUAUUGGUGACUUCCCCGUGUUUUUCUUUGGCUCCCACGACUAUUACUGGAUCAACCAGGGUCGGGUCUUCCCCUACGUGGAGAAUGACAAGAACUUUGUAACGGGUCAGAUCAACAUCAACAAAACCUUCAAGAAAGCUUUGGAAGAAGCAGCUCGGCGGUUUCAGGAGCUUAAGGCUCAGAGGGAGAGCAAGGAGGCGCUGGAGCAAGAACGCAACUCUCGCAAACCUCCACCCUACAAAAUCAUCAAGUCAAACAAGCCAGUGGGGAAGGUGCAGAUGCACGUGGCUGAUUUGUCAGAAAUCCCACGAUGCAACUGCAGGCCAUCAGAUGAGCAUCCCUGCAGCCUCGACUCCCAGUGUCUGAACCGCAUGCUGCAGUACGAGUGUCAUCCCCAGGUGUGUCCUGCAGGCGACGGCUGUGAGAAUCAGUGCUUCUCCAAACGUUUGUACGCAGAAACCGAGGUGAUAAAGACAGAGGGGUGCGGCUGGGGCCUCAGGACAAACCAGGCGCUCAGGAGGGGGGACUUUGUGACUGAAUAUGUGGGAGAGGUGAUAGACUCUGAGGAGUGCCAGCAGCGAAUCAAACGUGCCCAUGAAAAUCACGUGACCAACUUUUACAUGCUCACCCUCACCAAGGAUCGCGUGAUAGAUGCUGGGCCAAAAGGGAACUCGGCUCGUUUCAUGAACCACAGCUGCAGCCCAAACUGUGAAACCCAGAAGUGGACGGUGAACGGAGACGUUCACAUCGGCCUCUUUGCACUCUGUGAUAUCGAGUCAGGCACAGAGCUGACAUUCAACUACAACCUGCACUGUGUGGGCAACAGGAGGAUGUCCUGUCACUGUGGGUCAGACAACUGCUCCGGGUUCCUCGGGGUGCAGCCAACGAGUGCUGUGGUGAUGGAGAAGGAGGAGAAGGCCAGGAACGCCAAGCUGAAACCCAAGAAGCGAAAGCUGAGGCCGGAGGGCAAACACACACACGAGUUGUUCUGUUUUUGCUGUGGGGAGGGAGGAGAGCUGGUGAUGUGUGACAGGAAAGACUGUCCCAAAGCGUAUCACCUGCUGUGUCUCAACCUCAGCAAGCCCCCAUACGGCCGCUGGGAGUGUCCGUGGCACGACUGCAGCGCCUGCGGCGCGCCGGCCUCCUCGCUCUGCGACUUCUGCCCGCGCUCCUUCUGCGCGGAGCACGAGGCGGGCGCGCUCACCGCCUCCUCCCUGGACAACCGCCCCUGCUGCUCCAGCCACGACCCGCUCAGCCCCGGCUCCAGCUGCAGCCAGCCGCACGCCUCCGCCCUCAGCCCCGCCAGGGUCAAGGAGGAGCUGGACUGCAGCCAGCCGGCCGCAGAGUGACGCCUGCGACCCUCACGAUACCUCAUAACCCCCCCCCCACACACACACACACACACACAAACACACACUAAGGCGGGGUGCUCUGAGACGGGAACGCCCCCAGCUCUCCAAUGGCUGCCGCCCGGAGCCCCGGCGCGCUGAUGGACACCUCCAGCUGUUGGUGGCCACUCCAGAGCAGAGUGACGGAGGGAGUGACGAGGGGGGGGGGGCACCUUUCUCUCCUUUCCUGCCACAGAACACCAUUACUCCCACUCUCUGCAGCUCACCAGCAGAGCUCCCACACCCACCGCCGCGUCGGGUUUUCUCUCUUUAUUACUGUUACUUUCACAGCUGUAGAACCCAUAAGUGUUGUCCCACUGUCCGGAACAGCACUCUGAAGACCUCAGCCAGUGAGGGGCGGAGCAGAGGAAGAGGAGGAGGAGGAGGAGGAAGAGGAGGACCAACCUCUCCGUCGCCAUGCUGCUCCUCUCCCCGUUUACCUGCUGUAAGCUGCGGCCCGCAUCUCACACACAGGACGGCUUUAUGAUGAAGACCAGCCGGCUUUUCUUCAUCACCUGUGACACACUCGUCAUCCCCCUAAUCUCUUCUUAUUGAAAAGGAAAGGAACAAAGGGGGGGGGACUGACUGAUUUUGUGCAAUUCUUUCUUCUUUUUUUUUUUUUUGUCAGGACCACACUACAUUCCAAACUUCCUUAAACAUGGUUUUAAUAUUCUUAUGGGUAUAGAUGAAUAUAAUUAUAUACAGUAUCUAUGUUUGUUAAUGUUUACAGACAGAUUCUUUCACGUCAUCUCGAUGAGUGGUGUAUUACGUUUGUUUGUUUAGGUGUCGAGCAUUACACAGACCUCCUUGUGAAAAUAGUCCUAUUAAGGUGAAUUAUAAUGGUAUAUAGUGUAAUGGUAUGACAUUACAGAAGUACUCGUGAUUUCAUAUUACCAGUCUCACUCGCCAUUGUGUACAUAAUGGGCUCACAAUAUUGUAAAGUACUUAUAGAUCAGGAGGGGCAGCGCCUCGUCUCUCUUGUUUCUCCUCGAGGAAGGAAAAGCUUUUUUAAACGGGACAGUUCCUUGUCGUUUUCUGUUUUGCGUCGCAUUCUCACGCGCCCUCCAAAUAGGUCCUCUUUAUUUGUUUGUUAGGAGGGGCCCAGCUUGUGAUCACUGGUGCUGUCUUAAAGUAUUGUUGAUACGCCUUAAGUUAGUUUUUUUUUUUUUUUUUCGUUUUUUUUGUUCCGUUUUUCGUGGUAGGUUGUACUGCACAGAAGCAGCCCAUUUCAGUCAUUUCAUUUCACUCGUGUGUACUGUGACAGCUCUGGUGCUUAGUUUUCUGGGGUUUUUUGUUUUUUUUUGUGUGUUUUUGUUUUGCCAAAAUUCUCUGAAAAGCACUUUUUACACGGCUCGUUGCUACACAGUUUAGCUUGGGCAAAUAUACAGAAAUGUAUACACAAAGUGUUUCAAAAUGGAUACCUCUUCUUGUAGUAACAUUGGAAUUUAAACUGUGUUGUAACAUUCUGCCUUUCGGUAAGAAAUGUUGGUAAAUGCUGGGUCUUUUUUCUCUCUCUCCUUUUUUUUUCUCCAGGAAAACUAACUUAGUUUCUUGUAUUUUAUUUUUUUGACACAAGCAGGAACGACUGCUCCCCCAGCUUCAUUUUAAGAAAAAAAAAAAAAAAAAAAAAAAAAAAAAAAAAGCCCCAGUGUCCUACAGAGGCACCUCUUGUGUUUUCCACCAGGGGGGGGGGAAAUCCCCUCGGCUGGGGUUUGUGUAAAGGUGUAAUGGUGUAACAACAGUCCGGUUCAGUAUGAUGAUGUACAAACAGAACCUUCUGUACAGUGUUUUUAAUCGCUCAUCUGUCAGAUCUAAAUUUUUGUAUUUAUUGCACCACAUUUUAUACUGAUUUUCUUUUUCAAACACCAGUGCAGUAAUGUGUCUCCCUCCUCACUAAGACGUACGUGAAAUAGACGGUUUAAAAAAAAAACAAAGGAAAAAAAAAGUUAUACUUUAAAAAAAAGAAAACUUGGGGAGUUUUACAUGAUAUGCCUGUAUCUAGCCAUUUUCUUAUAUUUGGUGUAAUGAUUCCACUUUUGGUAACAGCAGCUGCUCAUCAGCCUUUAUCGUGACUCACUGUAACCAGUGUUGAAAAGCAGUGUGAAGCAGUUCAGUAUUGGAAUGUAAAGUUUCUGUUUUGGGGCGGUUUGUGUGCAGAUUUAGCCAGGGCACAUGUAAUUAUCACAGGCUCAGCCUUUUUUUUAUUUUAUUCCCCUGUGACCAGUUCUCGUUUGUUUUUUGUUUCUGUUUUUUUAAAUAUUGUCUGCAAAUCAAAAGUGGAGCCACAGGGUCAGAAACGACGUCAUUGAUUCCAAAGCUUUAACGCACUCGGUUGCCUGUAUUUUAGGUAAAAUAAUCAAGCAGUCCAGCAAUCCAGAAAUCUGCGCAAAUCUAUGCUUUCUGAAUAUUUGUUAAGAGCUUUUCGGCUAAAUGGUUUGUUCCUAAAAAGUUCUUCCUCCUUUCUGAGCUGCCAAGAAGUCCUCCCUAAUUCAUUCCUCGUUUGAAUGGAUGAGAGAAUAAACUAGAUUACAGAAACCCUUCAGCACCAACCCUCAGAUUGCAGAGCGGUUAAUGGACGCCUCUCUGAGUAGAGGCUGGACAACAGGACUGUGUCCAGCCGCUGAAACUUUUUACCUGAUAAACUUGCAGCUGAAUGCAAAUCAAGAAGGAAGCCUGAAAAGAGAGAAUCAAAAGGAAACCCCUGAAUGCAAAAAAAGGAAAGCUAGAUUUUUUUAAACUUAACUGAACAUUCAAGCUUGUGUAAAUGAAAUGAUUUUUUCCCCCUUUUGUGGAUCAUGUGUCAGAACUCAAUGAUCUUAAAUUGAGUCCUAAUUUAGCUGAUUGGAGGAUGAAUCAAAGUAACAUGCUUGAUUUCUGUUGAAAACACGCAUAAAGAGACAGGGACGGGUAGUUUUCUAUUUUUUUUGCAUUCAGAGCCUCAUCUCCUUUUUCUUUAACCCUUUUUCCCCCAGUUUUUAGAUCCCUGAAAAGAUUCAACAUUCUGAUGUCAUUGUGCAGUUCAGCGCUGCUCCCAGUUGUGUUCUUUCUGUUGCCUCUAUCUUUUUGUUGUAGAACUUCCUCGGGUGCAUCAUGAAGGCACUUUGUAUACUCUGGACAGUCUGCAUCUAAACUUGAAUUGUCUUUAUUUGUAUUUAUUCCUGUUUUGUUUCCAUGCAGGACUAAUCCAUGUGAGCGCCUGACUGCAGGCACCUGUGACCCUUGUUGCUUUCAGAAAAUGUCUGCCGAUGGCUUUAGGAACUUUUCUUUUUGUGGUGAAUGUGGAGCUGGAUUGCAUGCUUCCAAGAUCAGACGGUGAUUUGAUGCCAGUGUUUGUUUGUUUUUCUUGUUUUUUUUUAAUUAUAUUUGUAAUCCUAUUGCACAGAGAUUCUGCAAAACCGAACAGCCUUUAUUUUUCUUUGCACCUAUGGAUCGCAUGAUCACGCUCAUUUCUUUGUGCCAGUCCGUCUCCUCCCGCCCUGCUGAGCUGAUGCAGCAGCAGUAUUAUCGAUUCAAGACUCCCUGUGUUCACCAUAGUCGUGCGAUGAUGUAUGUUUUCUUUGUUGUUGCCCAGAUAUUUUUCUUUUUUUUUUUAAGAGACAGCAUGUUUGUUCUCAUUUAAGUGACCCUUAAAUGGGCCUGAGGAGGAUUUUUCACUUCAAUUUAGUAUGGACCACCCCCUUUGUGUGUCAAAGGGCAUGUUUCAGUUCACUGUGACGUCUUUUGUUUUUUUGUGCAAUGUUGCCGACUGUCAUUAAGUUUUUACUUGACAUGCUGUCAGAUAGUGUUGGAAUAAAUGAAUAAAGUCACCUGCAGAAGCACUCAUCUCCUUUUACUUGUAGUAAAAUUGCUAACAGUAACUCUAACUGGGGUCAUAUCUAUCUCUCUUGGUGUUGCUUCAAUUAAAACGUGGAUGAACACAAAAUGCCAUGUUAAUUACUGUUCAACCUGUGUUACUGCAUACUACAUAUUGUUGAGGAACUUGUAAAUAGUUUGCAUUGGACUUGCAUAGAAACAUGUUACUGUGGCGUGCUCUUUUUUGCCUGUACAAUUCUGCUUCUAAAUGUGUGUGACUGUUGAGAAGACACUCUUUUUGUACAUGACUGUCUUUUUAUUUGAGAAUAUUGAUUCUGUCCUUUUUCAUUCUAAAGUUGAGUUUUAAGAGUUCAGACAUGCCUGAGGUUUGACUUUAAUAAAGCUGUACUCUGUCUCAGUGAA